AUUGCAUUAAACGUCAAAUAUUAUCAACAAAAGACAUCUGAGCUAAGUUCGGCUAGGAAAUUACGACUAAAAUGUUUUUAAUAGUUUUUGCAGACUAAGUUUUAUUUCAAGUUUAUACACAAUUGUAGAAUUUUUCAACUUAAAGAAAGAUUUUAACUAAGGUAUCAUUAUGUGGAUUCCUCCGCGUGAGUGUGCAAUGCCGUUUGCUCUCUGGAUCAGCGAAAGUACACUGACCACCUCAAAUUACUUCCUACUGCAACGCCGUAAAGGCCAUGGAGGACUCCGUGGUUUUUCCUCGAUGCUCGUAGGAACGUUGGACAAUGUAUUGGACACCAAACCAUCACCCUAUAGAAUUUUGCACGUUCAACCUACGACCGGACUACACUACGAAAUCGCUUCAGACAUCACACUGGAAGCCAUUCUGAAGGACUGGGAAUGGCUUUCGAAGAACUUGUUUCGCGUAAUCAACGAAAUGGAAACGGAAGAAGAGAUCACAAACUUUACAAUUUGUAAAAUACAAUCGCUGCUCGCACAUAGCUCACGUGCCACUGAAGAAACGAUGGUAGAUCCAUCAAGUUUCCAGAUCAUGGUAAACAAGUUUCGUGAUAAGUUCAAAAUGCCUGAGGACGAAAAGCUUGUCAGUUACUAUUCCUGCAGCUACAUCAAAAAAGUACCAAGGCAGGGCCAGCUGUACCUGUCACUCAACCAUCUAUGCUUCUAUUCCUAUAUCUUUGGUGCAGAAAGUAAACUACGGUUCCGCUAUACUGAGCUGACGGAUAUAAGAAAGUCCGGCAAUAUGAUUACAAUCAAAACGUCUCAGGAAAAGGAGUACACCUUUGCUUUUCUUUAUUCCCCCAGUGAAGCGUACAAUCUUAUCGAACAAAUGAGUAAAAUAACAAUGCAGAAAUUAAUACAGGAUCCAGAUCGACCUAUAGUUAAUCACGAUCCGGUGGUUGGACGAAAAAUGGAAAAAAAUAUAGGACAGAAAACUGUGUUGCUACGAGAUUUGACUGCGAGACAACUUUCAGACGAAUAUCGAGCCCAUUUCCGGCUUCCACUUAGCGAGAUUUUAGACGGUCGGAUUACUGCCUCGCUCUGGACACCACACUCCAAGAAGCACGUUAAUGGUAUGAUCUAUUUGUCGCAAAGCUACCUCUGUUUCAAGAGCGACGUGUACGGUCUGGUAGGGCUGGUUAUUCCGCUGAACAAAAUUAUGAGUGUUGAAAAAAAAGAAGAUCAUCACGAUAAAUUUAGCAAUCGUAUUAUCGUAACAACGUCUGAUGCCAACAUAUUCCUUUUCUCAAAUAUAUUAGAUAGAGAUUUUUUGAUUAGCAAAAUUUCGGAACUGCUUUCAAAGACGACGACUCCGAGUAAGGAGAAAGAUGACAUUGACUGGACAAAGCAAGAACCACUGAUGCAUCUCUUCAAAGAUCCCGAUAAUAAAGCAUUUGAUGAUUUGCAAGCUGAAAAGCUGAAAAAAUGGGAGGACCAUUUUGCUAUUUACGGUCGUGGAGUGUCGAUGUUCCGUACGACGGAAACCAUCAACAUGGUGAUUGAUGGUAUUCCAGAUCAGCUGCGGCGUGAAGUAUGGAUGAUAUUCUCCGGAGCUAUACACAUGAAACUUAUGAAUCCCGGACUUUACAAAGUACUAGUAGAGCGUGCUAAGGAACAACAGUCGUCAACAUUCGAGGAAAUCGAGCGAGAUCUGCAUCGAUCUCUCCCAGAACAUCCCGCGUUUCAAACAAACAUUGGUAUCAUGGCACUGCGCCGGGUUUUACAAGCGUAUGCUCUACGCAAUCCAGAUAUCGGAUACUGUCAGGCGAUGAAUAUUGUCUCAUCAGUUUUUUUGAUUUACUGUGAUGAAGAGGAUGCAUUUUGGAUACUGUGCUGUCUAUGCGAAUCGUUGCUGCCGGACUACUACAAUGACAAGGUGGUCGGAGCGCAGAUCGAUCAAGGCUCGCUGGAUGAGCUAAUCACAAGUUACUUGCCGAAUUUGCAUGUUAAACUAGGUGACCUAGGCAUGAUUAGAAUGAUAUCGCUCUCCUGGUUUCUGACUAUCUUUCUUAGUGUCAUGCCAUACGAGAGUGCGCUGCACAUUAUCGAUUGUUUUCUGUGUGAUGGAGCAAAAGUGAUAUUCAUUAUAGCUUUAAAGAUCCUCGAAUGGAACCAGGAUAAACUUUUAAAUUGUAACGACGACGGUGAGGCGAUGCAGUUGUUGUCCAACUAUUUAAUGGGAAUUUACAACGAUGAGGUACAACAAAUAAAAAACAUGGAUAAAGAGCGACAUCAAAUAAGGAGUCAAUCGGUGCAGACACUAAUUUACGAAGCAUAUCUUAAGUUUGGAAAAGCAAUCACAUCGCAGAAGAUAGAGGAACUAAGAAAUAAACAUCGCCGCUUGACUGUUCAUCAACUGGAGAAAGAUCUUGAGAAUAGCUUCAUCAAAAACUUUAAAGAAAAUGGUUACUUCGAUGCUGAAGAACUCCGCUUACUGUUGUGUUACACCAAAGAGGAAAAACUGAAUCUGAAAAACUGCAGUCGUCAAACGUCGAUGAGCGGGGAACCGAUUUACGAUGCUGCGCUGCUGAAUGAUGCCAAAAAACGGUUUCGUGAUAAUCGCUACGAUUGCUUCCGAGUGGAUUACGAUACGUUUCGGAAGCUAUUCAUCGAUUUGACACCCUGGGGCCAUGUUCACAGUAUAGAUGUUGCGGAGAAAUUGUUUCGGCUCAUGGACAAACAAGUUUGUGGAUACCUAGAGUUCAAACAGCUCAUUUUUGCUUUGGGUAUCAUUUGCUCAAAACGGGCGACUGAAAAGCUAAAACUGCUCUACAUAUUGCAUUUGCCGCCACUAUUAUCAGCUCAAGAGAUCGAAAACAGUAGUCAAUCAGAGUCUAAAGAUUCUGACACGGAAGUUGCAACAGAAGCGGAAAGUUUUUUCAGCGAUAAUCCAUUCGAGACAAUCAAAUCUCUACCUUCGCCCAUUGACAUCAGCCUGGAAGCCUCCGACGUGGAAAAUCUCUCACUUUCCCACUUCAACGCCACUCCAAAUUUAUCAAUUGACGAGUCGUCUACGAAUGCCGAAACGUCGUCAAUGUUUUAUGUGGAUCUACCUGCCACUUCUAGUGGGGUUGCUGCCUCUGGAGCGGUAGGGAAUGCUCAUUUAGGUGAGUUUGAAUCAUGUGGUUCCCGCUCGGACAUCAGCGACCUGGGCUUCAACAAAAUUAGCUUCGAAGAUGGCAGCAGCAGUACCACGACUACGAAUGGACGACGUCCUACUGGCAAUGAAACAAGAAGCAUUAGCAGCUUGAGGAUAUUUUUAGACGAACCGGAUUCGAAUUUCACCAACAAAAGCAUUCCGAAUAUGACACAGAAAAAUUUUAUUGUUUUGUGGACCACGUUACUAGAGAUUUUAAAUAAAGGCAAAAAGGCGCUUGACGAUGAUGUGCAGCAUGCAUAUAACACACUGAUAUCACUAGGAGAAGAUGCAUUUUUAAAUCGGAGUGGAGAAAGCCUGGAAAGUUUGACGCAGUUUACUUUUCCACUCAUGAAUGAGACGGAUCCCAAUGGAAACCCGUCGAACGUAGAGCAAGUGCCAGGUACAGCUCAAAAGCGACUUCCGGUUGAUGAGCAUCAACGUUCUGAGUUGUGGGAAAUUACGCUGAACCAGUUCAUUGCAACUACCAUCUCUAUUUGUUCCAUAGAAGAACAUUUCUCACAAGCAGCUUCUAUUAGAACGCGUGUUGAAACUUUACAAAAGAAUCGAAGAAAAUGUAAAAGUUAACUCAUCAACAAUGCCGCUCUUCGUGAUCGCUUUUCCGCACAUAGAAAGUUACUGAAACAUGGUCCUUUAAGGAUACCAAGAUGCAUUAGGGAUUACCCAUAUGCUGCUGGAAUCUGAUUUUCUCCAAUAUUCAAAUAAGGGAAUACAUAUACUGUCCAUAAAAAGUACACUGAACAAACAAAUGCGUAAAAACCCAUUACUCUGUGACAGAUUGUUAUAAGUUGUUUCCGAGAAAAUUGUUAUUAAAAUGAUUGUGAGGUCAUAUAUUUUAUCACACAAGUA